AUGGGUGAGAUUGGAGGAAACGAUUACAACCAUGCUUUACUUGCUGGGAAAUCCAUCGAUGAUGUUAAAACAUAUGUUCCAUUUGUUGUUGAGGCCAUUAUCUCAGCGAUUAAUGAGCUUGUUGAGCUGGGGGCCAAGACAAUACUUGUACCAGGAAACCUACCAAUUGGAUGCUCUGCAACAUAUUUAACAUUGUACAAUAGCUUUGAUUCUAUAGAAUAUGAUAACUUAACUGGUUGUCUUAUAAAAUUUAACAAGUUUGCAGAGUACCACAAUAAACAUCUUUUAACAAAAUUAAAACAACUUCGAGAGCUUCAUCCUUAUCCCAAUAUCAUCUAUGCUGACUAUUACAAUGCAGCCAUGCAAUUUUUUUGCUCCCCAGAAAAAUAUGGAUUCAAAAAUGGAGCUUUAAAAGCAUGUUGCGGAGGUGGAGGGACAUUUAACUACAACGCUGCCAUACUAUGUGCAAACCCAACAUCAACCAUUUGUUCUAAACCAGAUACAUAUGCUAAUUGGGAUGGAUUACACUUAACGGAAGCAGCAUAUAAAGUUAUUAGCAAGAGCUUACUGCAAGGACCAUACACGGUGCCCCAAUUCAACUCUUUUUUCCCUUCUUUAAUGUUAAAUGAGGGAGAUGGAUUAUCAAGUUUUCUGUAA